UACCCCUUCUCCUCUCACCACCCCGCCCCGCAUCUGCCGGACUUUGUCUGGAGAGAUCACGAUGGCUGCAACAUUGCGAUUUUUCGCCGUUUCUAGGCUUGGACAGAGCUUGAUUCGACCUUCAAAUCGUUUAAGAGCUACUCUUAGUCCAAAGUACCUCUCUCUGUCAAAGAACUCCGGAAUCCAAUGGCGUCAGCAAUUUCGAACAUUAAGUGCUCAAGCAACCGAAGAAAAGUCUUCAAGCACCUCAGGGACAGCAGAAAAGUUGGAGUUUCAAGCAGAGACCCGAAUGCUGUUAGACAUUGUGGCAAAAUCCCUGUAUUCUGAAAAAGAGGUAUUCAUCCGUGAGCUAAUUUCCAAUGCCAGCGAUGCCUUGGAGAAGCUUAGACAUUCCCUUCUUGCUGACGGGAAAGAUCCGGAAACACUUGAAAUCCGCAUUUCCACUGACAAGCAAAACCGUAUCCUCACCAUUUCGGACACGGGCAUUGGUAUGACUCGUGAUGAGUUGGUUUCAAACCUGGGAACAAUUGCAAGAUCAGGAUCCAAGGCGUUUUUGGAACAGAUGAAAGAGAAGGGAACAGAUGCCUCCUCUAUCAUUGGCCAGUUUGGCGUUGGAUUUUACAGUUCAUUCAUGGUUGCUGAUUCUGUUGAAGUUUUCACUCGCUCUGCCACUACAGGCACUCCGGGCUAUAAAUGGGCAUCUGACGGGUCUGGCACUUAUGAAAUCACAGAGGCUGAAAAUGUUGAACCUGGUACCAAAAUUGUGAUUUCUCUGAAACCUGACUCAAGGGAGUUUAGUGAUGAAGAUAAAGUUAAAGAAAUUAUAAAGAAGUACAGCAACUUUGUGGGAAGCCCCAUCAUUCUUAAUGGAGAGCGUGCUAACACCAUUGAGCCUCUUUGGCUCAAGGAUCCAAAAGAAGUCUCAGACAAUUUACACAAUGAAUUUUAUAGGUUUAUUAGUAACUCUCUUGAUCUUCCAAGAUUUUGGUUGCAUUAUAAAACAGACGCCCCCAUAUCUAUUCGAGCUUUGCUUUAUUUUCCUGAUAGCAAACCAGGUUUAUUUGAAAUGAGCCAAAGCACUGAUGUUGGAGUUGCACUCUACACAAGAAAAGUCCUCAUCAAGAGCAAAGCCGAUAACAUCUUGCCCAAAUGGCUACGUUUUGUUAAAGGUGUUGUGGACUCUGAAGAUAUCCCUCUUAAUCUGAGCAGAGAGCUUCUUCAGAAUUCUGCCCUCAUCAGGAAACUCCGCACUGUUCUUACAAACCGAGUUUUAAGAUUUCUUCAUGACCGUUCUCAGAAAGAAAAGGAAUCUUUCAAUGAAUUUUAUAAGCAUUAUGGUCUAUUUUUAAAAGAGGGUAUUGUAACUAGCACUGAACAAAUUGAGAAGGAAGAAAUUUCAAAAUUACUCAGAUUUGAGUCCUCCAGUGGUCAACCAGGUGAACUUGUUGGUAUACCUGAAUAUUGCAGCCGUUUGAAAGAAGGACAGAAAGACAUUUAUUAUCUAGCUGCUCCUAGUCGGGAAUUAGCUGAGAGUUCACCUUACCUAGAGGCUCUUCGCAAAAAAGAUGUUGAAGUUCUUUUCUGUUAUGAACCCUAUGAUGAACUUGUACUUAUGCAACUUCGUCAGUUUGACAUGAAAAACAUUGUAUCAGUUGAAAAAGAAAUGAGACAAAGCAAAGAACCUGAGGAAUCUCAGUUUGAGGCUGGCAGUUUAUCUCAAACAGAGGUGGAUGACUUAAUUCCUUGGAUUAAGACCACCCUUAAAGGAAAGGUGCAAAGUGUGAAGGUAACGAAUCGCCUGGAAUCACAUCCUUGUGUUGUAACUGUAGAAGAGAUGGCAGCCGCUCGUCAUUUCAUUCGUACUCAAGCUCAUAGCAUACCUCAAGACUCACAUUACUCAAUUCUUCAGCCUCAGUUGGAAAUAAAUCCAAAGCACCCAAUCAUUAAAAAACUUAGUACUCUUUCCAAGGAUAAUACUAAAUUAGCAGAACUUGUCACUAAUCAGCUCUUUUCUAACGCUAUGGUUGGAGCUGGUCUUGUGGAAGACCCCCGCACUUUACUCAGUAGCAUGAAUGAUCUUCUCACUCUUGCUCUAGAAAAGCAUUAAGGAAGUGAUUGAAAGACCUGAAAUAGAAGUACCUGUAUUAUAGUCUAGACUUCAUUUUAAUUGUUAUACCUUGUAAGACUGCUUUAUUAAAAAGAGAUGCCAAUUCA